GAGCUCGUCGACAACUUUCCCGCCAUUUUUCAUCUUCGCGCCGCCCUUCUCUUCCUCCUCCUCCUCCUCCUCUCCCCGUCUCCUCGCUCCUCUCUUCUCCUCUCUCCCUCGGUCUCCCCUACGUGCCCCUCCAAAACCCUAAUCCAUCGCCAUGGAAGAGGCCAUCAAAGCCGAGUUCGAGAAGAGCGGAUUCUCCAUCGACCAAGACGAUCACAUCCUCGAUCGAUUGUUGACCUAUUGCAUCAAUUACAAGCUCACCCCUUCGGAUCUCGUUUCCAACUGGGAAAUUUACUACCUCAACCGGCAAUUAAAUGGAUUGAAGCUAGAAAAUAGUCACAUGGAUGGGUUCUUAUCACAUCUUCAAAAUGAGGUGAAGGAGAAACUUAUCAAAGAGGAACCUCACCUGCAUAUUUACUCCAGCAACGAUGUUGAAAUGCUUUUAAAUAGUGAACCUGAUGAUCGCGAAGAGAGCUUUCUUGACACCCCAAGUAAGUACGAAAGGCCAUAUGUGGAGAAUUCAGCAUCAACACCUAGGGCAAAUGAAAAACCUUCAUCAAGCAAAGAGUCAAAAGCCAAUAGCACUCGCAUAACCCCUUUUGGGCAGCGAAUUAACAAAUUUACCUCACAAUUUGUUUUCAAUGCUCAUAAUAUGGUUGAUGGAUCAAGUCGGCAGGAGGUAGAAGAUAUUGAAGAUGAUUUAAUUAGAAGAGUUCAGCCUGGCCCAAGAUGCUCUUUGCAAGUUCAUCUUUCGCAGCCAGAACCAGGUUGUAGGUUCAUGUACGACAGAAUAGAAGAUAGGUUUAAUUCACUAGAAAAUCGGAUUAGAAAGUUUUCGAACUUGUUUGCCGCAUCUGGACUUUAUGGAGAACUUGCAGAUGCUACAUUGGCUUCACAGAAAAACAUAUUUGCCGUUGGUCUGAUCAUUUGUGAUGGAGAAGGUCAUUUAAACGAGAAGUCCAUUUUACUGCAAGGCAGUGUCGAGCAUUCUGGGGGACAGCGUGUUCGUCUUGAUCUCAGUAAUCUGACCCAUUUUUCCUUGUUUCCUGGUCAGGUGAUUGGUAUUGAAGGAAAUAAUCCAAGUGGACAUUGUUUGAUUGCAUCAAAAGUGGUUGAUUAUUUAACCAGCUCCAGUGAUGCCGAUUUGCCUCCUGCAAAGAAGCCUGCGGUGAAUCAGGAAGCUCGGCUGAGUUCUUCCUCUGAGUCGAAAGUGCUAUCAGUAGUUAUUGCAGCAGGUCCGUUCACUACAAAUGAUAACUUGUUGUUCGAGCCACUACAAGAACUGCUAGCAUACGCUCGUAGGAAACAGCCUCAGCUGCUUAUCUUGAUGGGACCGUUUGUUGAUUCUGAUCAUCCGGAUAUUAAAAAAGGAACUGCUGACCAGAGCUUCGGUGACAUUUUCCAUCUUGAAAUUCUUCGACGGUUGCAAGACUACAAUGAGUAUAUGGGCCCUGGUGUCCGUGUGAUCCUUGUUCCAUCUAUACGCGAUGCUAACCAUGACUUCGUUUUCCCUCAGCCUGCAUUUGAUAUUAAUCUGCCAGAAGAUAGCACACAGCAGAUAACUUGUGUUGCAAAUCCAAGCCUCUUCAGCUCUAACGAGGUCAUGUUUAGCUGUUGUACCGUGGAUAUCCUGAAACAGCUAAGCAGUGAAGAGAUCUCUCAUAACCCACCUGAUAUGCAGUCCGCUGACAGGAUGGGGCGACUGGCGACACACCUAUUGAGACAACGCAGCUACUAUCCUCUAUAUCCGCCUGCUGUUGGUGUUCCUUUGGAUUUCUCACUUGCACCGGAAGCACUUGAGAUCCUACCUUCUCCAGAUGUUCUUCUCCUUCCUUCUGAUCUUGCUCCCUUCAUCAAGUUGUUGUCCGUCAGAGAAGGAAAUGAAGAGGAGAAAAGGUGUAUGUGCGUGAACCCAGGGAGACUCGCAAAGGGUAUUGGAGGGGGCACUUUUGUGGAGCUCUACUACUGCGAAGAUGUCGACAACACCAACGCCUCCAUCAUCCGCAUCUAGUUUCAGUAUAGUGAGGCAUUAGAUACAUAAUGCAACAUACUUGUAAAUUGCAUCAUUCGAAAUAUAGCUAUUCGCCAAGUUCUUUAAUAGUGGACGAAAGUUGCAUAUCCAGUUGUUCACUCAAUUUUAUUCUUCGCUUAAAGGUCUGGUUCCAGGAUUUGUCUGAGUUUGUUACAUUGCUGCCGUAGUUGGAGAAUAACGUUUCUUAUGCUGCAGCUGAACUAAUAUCAAUGGAAUGCCUAGUAUAGUAGUAUGUGAAA